CGGGCUCAAAGAUCUAAUCUGUUCUCUGUAUUUACGUGUGUGGUUUCGAAACUUUUCCUCCUCGUUAACUUUCACUAAAACUUUGGUAUGAGAGAAGAAAAAUGUUUUUCUUAUUAUGCGAAUUGUAAUGUAGAUGCAGCUGAUUGUGAAGUUCCACUGAUGGAUCACAAGAAAUCCAGGUAUCCAUUUUGCGUAGUAUGGACCCCAAUUCCCAUUUUAACAUGGCUUUGUCCAAUAAUUGGGCAUAUGGGUAUUGCAAUGUCAACAGGUGUUAUUCGAGAUUUCGCUGGCCCGUAUUAUGUUUCAGAAGAUGAUAUGGCAUUCGGAAAGCCUACUAAAUACUGGCAGUUGAAUAUAAAUCAAUUAAAAGGAGGAAGAUCAAAAUGGGAUGCUGCCGUAUCUGAAGCGUCAGAGGAGUAUAAAGGAAGAAUGCAUAAUUUAUGUUGUGAUAAUUGUCAUUCUCAUGUUGCUUUAGCCUUGAAUCUGAUGCAGUAUAACGAUUGUACAUCAUGGAACAUGGUUAAACUGUGUAUUUACAUGUGUAUUUAUGGGAAAUAUGUCAGCUUUGUUGGCUUUCUAAAAACUUGGUUUCCAUUCCUACUUUUGGCUGGUUCACUCACAACCAUUCUGACACUGAUGCAUUAUUUGUAAGAAUAUGAAUGUUAUGAAGCAUUAUGUUAAUAUUGUAUUAUUUCCUUUCCUUGCUAGUCAAACGGGAAAAUUUGUUUAUGUAAGUAAAGUAAAAUAUGAAUUAUAAUUGUUUCUGUAUAUAUUCAAUUUCAGUCAAGUAUUAAUGAUGUUUAUUCCUCGUUAACAUACAUAUCUUUAAUUCUCCCAGUAUCUUUGUUAUUCCAUGCAUAAUCAAAUUUUGACAGUAAAUAUCAUGCCAUUUAUAUAUAGAGAAGAACCAAAGUGUUUACUGAAUGUAACUUGUUGAAAUCUAUGUAUACAAACUGUUUUUAACUGUGUAUUAUAUUACAUGUAUAAUAAUCAUGAGAAUAAAACUCAAUUUUAAACCUGUA